GAUUUCAAACAAUUUUGAUGAAUUUUUACUUCAAAUCAUUUUCAAUAACUUUGAUACUGUACAUUGUACAGUCACCAAAAUCAACGCAUACCAGACAGGGUAUGUUCUUGUGCAUAUGCCCCAAGAAGGCCUCUGGUCUGGGCAGCACGCAUGGGUCCUGCUGAAAUUAUACAGUGAAGAGAUGGCAGAAGCCUGGUGCCCCAAUCCAUUACAGCUUUAACUCCUUUAAAUCCUGCUGCAAGGUUACCUGUAACUACUGACCUUUUAACUAGAAUUUUGCUCAAAUGCAUUGACAAACCCAUUAUCAGUCUAUAAAAGUAUUUUUGUCUCUAUCCAGUUCUGUGUGGUUGUUGGUGUAAUAUUCUGUAAGUACAGAUAAUGUAGUCCCACCAAUGGUGCACCUGUUGGCACCAAACAUAACAGCACCCUUUCUGCAUGUGAUACAGGAGCAAUUCCAUCGUCAUCUUCACAUUCUGUUUCUCUCUGUCUCCUUGGUUCUAAGUAGGCUGCGACGGUUCCUUCUUAGCAGGUGACCCUCCUCAUUCCUUACUUCAUAUGAUCUCGAUCCAACCUCCUGGAGAACUUUUCAGUUCCAAGCAUCCUGGUCUUGGAUACGCACCACAUCAUAUUUGCCUGUGGAUGCUGUGGACUUGAAGUGACAUGGUGAAAUCCAUAUUGUCUUGCAAACUAGAUUCAAGGAUGAAGAGAUUCAGAUGUAGAACUUUCUGGCUGGCAGUCAGUCUUGGUGUGUUGGUCCUCAAUCUCCGAAGGAAUUAUAGUGACCAAACAAAGAACCUUCACAAAUCGGACCACAUAAACAAACGCAUUUAUGAUGUUGAGAGACAAGAACAGGACAGUCAAAUUAGACAAGAACUCCCAAGCCAUUAUGUCUUCCCCUGGCCAAAAUGUCAAGAAAAUACAUCUGCUGCGAACGUCACAGAUUUCAGCUCUCUUCCUAGUCGUAUAAAAGACUUUCUGUACUAUCGACACUGUCGGCAUUUCCCCAUGCUACUGGAUGUUCCAGACAAAUGUAGAGGAGCGGAUAAAUCUGCAGAUGUCUUCCUCCUUCUGGUCAUUAAGAGCUCCCCCGGAAACUACGAACGCAGAGAGGUACUGCGCAAAACCUGGGCUAAAGAGAGGCUACACAAUGGUAAGAAGAUUCACAGGGUCUUCAUCUCAGGAACAACUGAUACUGGUUUUGAAAAACUGAGACAGAACAAACUACUUGAAAUGGAGCAUCGUGAGUACAAUGACAUUCUCCAAUGGGACUUUGUGGACACAUUCCUCAACCUCACACUGAAGCAGAUACUCUUCCUCGAAUGGAUGGAGAGGAACUGUCCAAAUGCUCGCUUCUUGCUGAACGGUGAUGAUGAUGUAUUUGCCAACACAGACAACAUGGUGGAGUAUCUCCAAAGCCUCAAGGACAAUGAUGGAGGCAAACACCUCUUUGCCGGCUCUUUAAUGAGUGGUGACCCCAUCAGAAACCCAAAUAGCAAAUAUUAUGUUCCUGUUCAAGUCGAGAUAAAUUCAUUCCCCAUUUAUUGUAGUGGUGGGGGCUUCCUCCUGUCUGGCUAUACAGCUAUGGUCAUAUACAAGAUGUCUCAGUCCAUUCCCAUUCUUCCCAUUGAUGAUGUUUACAUGGGGAUGUGCCUGGCCAAAGCAGGACUUAAGCCUUCUAACCAUAUAGGUGUGAAGACAUUUGGAGUAAAUAUUCCCUCAACUAAAUUGGAUCAAUAUGAUCCUUGCUAUUAUAAAGACAUGUUAUUGGUGCACAGAUUCCUUCCACAAGCCACAUUUCUUAUGUGGCAACGAAUACAUGACUCCAACUUGAAAUGUUAAUAUUUCAGUGUUUAGUAGCAUGAGGUUGUAGUGGUGGCAGUAUGCUGUACACAGUUCAUCAACUCUAGGGUUGGUAUCAGGUCAGAGGCAAUUUCUUUCUUUAUGCAAGCUAAGUUAUCUUAGCAUUAUAAAAUUAUCGUCUUAAUUCAAUUCACACUUAGUUGACAAUGACACCUGAUCCUGAUUCAGUGUUCAUUAUGUUCUUUUAUUUCAAUGGCACAUCAAGAUGUUGCAUAUUUGCAUCGUGCACUUGCUCUUGAGACGUGUAUAAUGGUCUAACGUCUGUUGGUAUUACUAAAUCAUGAAACACUACAUUCUAACAGUCAGUCAGUCAUCAUCUAACCGCUUUAUCCUCCACCAGAGGGUCGUGGGGGGUGCUGUGCCA